AUGUUGUACAACUUAGCUGUCGUAUAUUCUGCGUGGAAUAUCAUCAAUGAUGAUCACGUUGCCCUCAAACUCGAAACCAUUGUCAACCACUCAUCUUCUGUCGAGCGUGAAUACUAUAUUUUGAAACAACUUGAAGGCGGAGUUGGCAUCCCACGCACCUUCUGGUUUGGUAGAGAGUCAAUGCAUCAUGUUCUGGUCCUUGAACUCCUUGGGCCGUCACUCCACCAAUUCUUCCUCACAAACAAUCGAAGAUUCAGCCUUCUCAAUGUUGUCAAUCUUGGAGUCCAGUUGCUCUCGCGUCUUGAGUACGUUCACUCACACAAUUAUGUUCACGGCGACAUUAAACCGCAGAACAUCUUGGUGGGUCUCAGAAAUUCGAGGCACACCGCCUAUAUCAUCGAUUUUGGAAUCACGAAGACAUACUGGAACACUAAAACCAGUGACCAUGUACCAUUUCGCCAUGGUCGAAGUCUCUCUGGUACUCCUGCAUUCGCCUCAAUCAACAAUCACCUAGGAGUUGAGCCAGGUCGCCGUGACGAUCUUGAGUCGCUCACUUACAUGCUAAUCUAUUUUUUGCGUGGCUCCCUUCCAUGGUUAGCCAGUGAUGACGAGAAAUUAUCCAGCUCUACCAUACUCGAGCGCAAAGCACACACUACCAUUGCAGAAAUAUGCCAUGACAUCCCCGUCGAAUUCGCAAACAUUCUUAUUUACACCCACUCUCUCGCAUUCACUGAAGAUCCUGAUUAUGAUCAUCUUCGUUCACUACUACAUGGUCUUCGUGCCACAUUGCCUGCACCGGCUACGUGCUUGUUGGAUUUUGGCCAACCCAAUGGUCCUGGGACUCCUCGCUGUCCUGCCAUACACCCCCUUCUAUCUCCUGACCAGCGCUGUAUGGCCAAAGCAAUGUCAAUAUGCCUGCCAAAGGCAGUAUGCCGAUCAACACAUGUGUGA